ACACUAAAAACUAAAACGUCAAAUAUCAAAAAGAAAAUUGGCGGAAAAAUAAAAAAUUAAUCCGAUUUUAUCCAAAAUAAUGGAAUCUAUGGAAGUGGAAGAAAUUCCCGGAAUCUCCUCAUCAAAAUUAAGUGAAACCAUCGAAGAUAAACCAAAAAACACUAAUAUUCCAUGGGUUGAAAAGUAUCGUCCUCAAACUUUCCAAGAAAUCGUAGGAAACGAAGACACUGUAUCCCGAUUAAGUAUUUUCUCCCGACAAGGAAAUGUCCCAAACGUCAUCAUAGCGGGCCCCCCGGGAGUUGGAAAAACAACAACGAUACUAUGCCUAGCUAGAAUAUUACUCGGAAACUCCUUCAAAGACGCCGUUUUAGAAUUAAACGCAUCCAACGACCGAGGAAUCGACGUCGUAAGAAACAAAGUUAAGAUGUUUGCGCAAAAAAAAGUGACUUUACCACCGGGGAGGCAUAAAAUCAUCAUUUUAGAUGAAGUUGAUAGCAUGACAGAAGGGGCCCAACAAGCUUUACGAAGAACGAUGGAAAUAUACAGCAACACAACCCGUUUUGCUUUAGCCUGUAAUUACAGCGAAAAAAUAAUCCAAGCGAUUCAAUCGAGAUGUGCCGUUAUUAGAUAUUCGAAUUUAUCCGAUUCGCAAGUUUUAGCCCGAGUCAUUCAAAUCUGCCAAAAAGAGAAUGUGAAUUACACCGAGGAUGGGUUAGAAGCGAUCGUAUUCACCGCGCAAGGCGAUAUGAGGCAAGCUUUAAAUAAUUUACAAUCGACACAUAACGGAUUUGGCACGGUUAAUUCCGAGAAUGUGUUUAAAGUGUGUGAUGAGCCCCACCCAAUUUUAAUUAAGGAUAUGUUGAAGCAUUGCGUUGAAGGCGAUGUUAGGAAAGCGUAUAAAAUUAUCGAUCAUUUGUGGCAUUUGGGGUAUGCCGCCGAAGAUAUCAUUAAAAAUGUUUUUAAAGUUUGUAAAAAUAUGGAUUUGGAGGAAUCGAUUAAAUUGGCUUUUAUUAAGGAAAUUGGGUUGACCCAUCAAUGCAUUGUGGAUGGCUUAACGACUUUGCUACAAAUGUCUGGGAUGUUAUCGAGGUUGUGUAAAGCAUCGGAAGAGUUUAAGAAAACUUAAUUUUGCAACCAAGAGGUCCAUCACUGCUAUCAUCGCAAUCAUAAACGCCGUUAUUAUAUUGUUCAAAACAUCAGAUUUAAAAAUAUCCACAUUAAUAAUGAAGCUUGCAACGCGCGACAUAACCCCAAAAAUUUCUAGUUUUAGUUUUACUAAAUUGUGUUAUGAGAUUUGUUUCAAUUGCCAUUUAGAUUUAUUAAUUUGGAUGUUUUUAAAUCUAAGUAAUAUUUGCAAUACAGGUUAUAAUUAAAUAUCAGAAAAA